AGGUUGUGCUGUUUUGUGACGUGUAAUCUAGUGCACGGAACGCUUCUUUCAGCAGCAGCAACAGUUAGUCAGACACCUCGAUAGCUUGCUAGACAAAAAAAGCAGAAUCAAUAAGAUCUUUAGACGCUUUAAUGUUUAUCAGCCACUGUUUUAAACCCUCUUCUGCCAUCUAGUUAGUUAUCCGAUUUAAUUUCAUAUUUACGGUGUUGUUAUUAGUCAGCUAGCGGGCUGGUUAAGGUAGCAUUAGCCUAGCUAACAUCCCCGACCAUGCGGUCACUAAGCUACUCCCCUUCUAAAGAAGAGGUGGAUAUCACAGUAAAACAAGAAGUAGAGGGUGAGGCUGUUACUGUGAAAGAAGAGGAAGACGCGUUCAGAGUGAAAGAGGAGGAGGAUGUUACAGUUAAAGGAGAGGAUGGUGCAGUUUAUGGAGUGAAAGAGGAGGGAGAGAUGACUGUUACAUCGAAAAAGGAGGAGGAAGAAGAGGAGGAACCUGGAUAUCUGGGCCCGGUUUCCCAAACGCAUCUUAAGGCAUCCAAUGGUUCUAACGAUGAAUUUAGCCAUAAGAUGGUUUUGAGAAACCGUCCCCUGAUCAACACUAGAGAGAGACGUGACUAUCGUGGAUCUUCUUUGGAGCCUCAACAACCUCAUGAUGCUGAUGAGGCAGAGAAGAGUCUCUCCACAUUAGAACACCUCAAGAAACACCAGCGGAGACCCACAGGGAAGAGAACUCACUGCUGCUCUGACUGUGGGAAGAGAUUCACCUCAUCAGCGGGCAUUAAAAUGCAUCAGAGAAUCCACACAGGAGAGAAACCUUUUAGCUGUGAUGAAUGUGGGAAGAGAUUUACUCAAUCAUCCAGCCUGUCGUCACACCAGAGAACACACACAGGAGAGAAACCGUUUAACUGUGAUGAAUGUGGGAAAAGUUUUACUCGGUCAACUGGUCUGAUAUCACACCAGAGAACACACACAGGAGAGAAACCUUAUAGCUGUGAUGAAUGUGGGAAGAGAUUUGUUACAUCUAACAGUCUGACUAAACACCGGAGAACACACACAGGAGAGAAACCAUAUAGCUGUGCGCAAUGUAGGAAGAGCUUUACUGAGUCUAGCAGUCUGACUAAACAUCGGAGAACACACACAGGAGAGAAGCCUUAUAGCUGUGAUGAAUGUGGGAAGAGAUUUACUGAGUCUGGUUGUCUGACUAAACACCAGAGAACACACACAGGAGAGAAGCCUUUUAGCUGUAAUCAAUGUGGGAAGAGUUUUACUCAGUCAACUGGCCUGAUAUCACACCAGAGAACACACACAGGAGAGAAAUCUUAUAGCUGUGAUGAAUGUGGGAAGAGAUUUGUUGCAUCUAACAGUCUGACUAGACACCGGAGAACACACACAGGAGAGAAAUCAUAUAGCUGUGCUCAAUGUAGGAAGAGCUUUACUGAGUCUAGCAGUCUGACUAAACAUCAGAGAACACACACAGGAGAGAAGCCUUUUAGCUGUAAUCACUGUGGGAAGAGUUUUACUCAGUCAACCAGCCUGAAAUCACACCGUAGAACGCACAGAGGAGAUAAAUCUUAUAGCUGUGCUCAAUGUGGAAAGAGUUUUACUCAGUCAACCAGCCUGAUAUCACAUCAGAAAAAACACACACAGGAGAGGAAUCUUAUAGCUCUGCUAAAUGCGGGAAGAGUUUUACUCCGUCUAGCAAGCGGACUACACACCAUAUAACACACACAGGAGAGAAAUCUCAGCUGUGAGCAGUGUGACCAGAGAUAAUCUGAUAAAAUACCUAUGAUCAAACAUCAGAAAAUACAUACAUGAAGGAGUUGUUUCAUGGUAUCAAUGAAAUAAUGUCUCAAUGUAGAAUGUUUUAACAUUGUAGUAGGAUUAUUUUAAUAAUGUCACAAUGUAGAACUCUAAUCGUUUGCCCCUUGUUCUAUUGAUUUCAACAUGAUCUGGAUAUUAGCCCCAGGGGGGAAAUCCAGGCUCUGAAUUGAAAGAGUACAAUUUAUGUGAUGUAACAAAAAUUGACUCUCAAAAAAAGAGUUGUGUUACACUUACCGUGUUGGUGACCCACUUGAAUCAAAAUGCAACACUUCAAAAUGUAGCUAGCUGUUUUCUACAAAUUGUACUCAGGGAUGUACACAUUAUUCCCAGAUUCCGUGUGGUUUUUGAGCUGUUAGUUUUAACAGGACGUGCAACCUCAUCUCCCUCCUCUUGCACAAAUGAUUUUAGCGAUGAGUUAUGACAAAUAGGUGGUGUUCCUUUGUUUAGCGACCCCUACAUUUAAAUGCAUCACUCCAAAAUGUAGUUGACUGUCUUCUGCAGGUUGUCCUCUAACCAGGGAGGUAAAAGAUAUCUCCCAUUUCCAUGUGUUUUGUUUAGUUGUGUUAGUUUCAACAGCACAAACAACCUGAUUUACCCCCUAAUCGAUAUCAGUGGUAUAUUGCUGCUUGUCAAAACAACAGCGUUUCUGGUGCUUGUUUUAAAAAAUACAAGUAAUAUGAAUAUUGUGUCAGAUGUUUGUGUAUGCAGUACAUUUUAAUUUAGUUUUUAAUAUAUCGCAAACUGUUUCUGCAUAUUGGUUAUUGAUUAAACUGUGUACAAACUGUGUUUUAUAGCACAUUUUAUGUUUAGGUUUUUAAUAUAUCACAAACUGUUUCUGCAUAUUGGUUAUUGAUAAAACUGUGUACAAACUGUGUUUUAUAGCACAUUUUAUGUUUAGGUUUUGGUUAUUGAUUUGGACACGUUAAAACUGUGUUUUGACACUGGGCUACCUAGCAAAAUGUAAUUAAAAAUAAGACUAUGCAA